CGCGGCCCUGCGUCAGAGCGAGACUUGGAGGCUCCGGACUCGGCGGCAGAGUCGCUGCGCGGGAUCCAAGCGGCCCGGAGCGAGCUCCGGCGGUGCACACCUCCAACCCGGGUCUGCCACGCGCGCACACCCCCAUGACAGCUUUCCGCGGCUCGCGGCGCUGAGCGGGCCCAGCGCGUGUCCGCAGGGGAGAGGUCCUACUCCCGGCGCCCGCCGCCGACUCCCGCUCCUCCUCCCGCUGCUCGCCGCCGCCGCCGCCGCCGCCGUCGCCGCGUGGAUGCCAAGUACCAGCUUCCCUGUCCCUUCCAAGUUUCCACUCGGCCCUCCGGCAGCAGUCUGCGGGAGCGGAGAAACUUUGGGGCCCGCGUUGCCCGCCGUCAGCACCAUGAAAGCGGCGGAGGAAGAACACUACAGUUAUGCGCCCUCCGGGGUCAGCUCUGCUCUGCCACUCCCCGCGGCACACGCCUCCUUGGCAGCCCCGUGCCACGACCUCCAGACAUCCACUCCUGGCAUUUCAGCCGUUCCUUCAGCUGGGCACCCCUCGGGGUAUGGAGGGGCCGUGGACAGCGGGCCCGCAGGGUACUUUCUGUCUUCUAGCAACACCCGGCCCAAUGGGGCCCCGACUCUGGAGAGCCCUCGCAUCGAGAUCACCUCAUACCUCGGCCUGCACCAUGGCAGCAGCCAGUUUUUCCAUGACGUGGAGGUGGAGGACGUGCUUCCCAGCUGCAAGCGGUCGCCAUCCACGGCCACCCUGAACCUGCCCAGCCUGGAGGCCUACAGAGACCCCUCGUGCCUGAGCCCAGCCAGCAGCCUGUCCUCCCGGAGCUGCAACUCCGAGGCCUCGUCUUUCGAGUCCAACUACUCGUACCCGUACGCGUCACCGCAGACGUCCCCCUGGCAGUCGCCCUGUGUGUCCCCCAAGACGACGGAUCCUGAGGAAGGCUUUCCCCGGGGCCUGGGCGCCUGCCACCUGCUGGGCUCCCCCCGGCACUCCCCGUCCACCUCGCCACGGACCAGUGUCACCGAAGAGAGCUGGCUGGGCGCCCGCGGCUCCCGGCCCACGUCGCCCUGCAACAAGCGCAAGUACAGCCUCAACGGCCGGCAGCCCUCCUGCUCCCCGCACCACUCGCCCACGCCAUCCCCGCAUGGCUCCCCGCGGGUCAGCGUGACCGAGGACACCUGGCUCGGCAACUCCACCCAGUACACCAGCUCGGCCAUCGUGGCGGCCAUCAACGCCCUGACCACCGACAGCAGCCUGGACUUGGGUGAGGGAGUCCCCAUCAAGUCCCGCAAGACCACCCUGGAGCAUCUGCCCUCGGUGGCACUCAAGGUGGAGCCCGCUGGGGAGGAGCUGGGGGCCACCCCGCCCACCUCCGACCUGCCGCCCGAGGAGUUCACCUUCCAGCCCCUGCGGAAGGGCCCCUUCUGUGAGCAGUACCUGUCGGUGCCACAGCCCCCCUACCAGUGGGCCAAGCCCAAGUCGCUGACCCCUGCAACCUAUGUGAGCCCGUCUCUGCCCGCCCUCGACUGGCAGCUGCCAUCCCACUCGGGCCCGUAUGAGCUGCGGAUCGAGGUGCAGCCCAAAUCCCACCACAGAGCUCACUAUGAGACGGAAGGCAGCCGGGGGGCCGUGAAGGCAUCGGCCGGAGGACACCCCAUUGUGCAGCUGCACGGAUACGUGGAGAGCGAGCCGCUCACGCUGCAGUUGUUCAUCGGGACGGCCGACGACCGCCUGCUGCGGCCCCACGCCUUCUACCAGGUCCACCGGAUCACAGGGAAAACCGUGUCCACCACCAGCCACGAGGCCGUCCUGUCCAACACCAAGGUCCUGGAGGUCCCGCUGUUGCCGGAAAACAACAUGAGAGCCAUCAUUGAUUGUGCUGGGAUCCUGAAGCUCAGAAACUCUGACAUCGAGCUGCGGAAAGGAGAGACCGACAUAGGCAGGAAGAACACCCGGGUGCGGCUGGUCUUCCGAGUCCACAUCCCACAGCCCAGCGGCAGGACGCUGUCCCUCCAGGUCGCCUCAAACCCCAUCGAAUGCUCCCAGCGCUCGGCCCAGGAGCUGCCCCUUGUGGAGAAGCAGAGCAUGGACAGCCACCCUGUUGGUGGUGGGAAGAAGAUGAUUUUGUCGGGCCACAACUUCCUGCAGGACUCCAAGGUCAUCUUCGUGGAGAAGGCUCCAGAUGGCCAUCACGUCUGGGAGAUGGAAGCCAAGACUGACAGAGACCUGUGCAGACCAAACUCCCUGGUGGUCGAGAUUCCACCUUUCCGCAACCAGAGAAUAACCAGCCCUGUCCAAGUCAGCUUCUACGUCUGCAACGGGAAGAGAAAGAGGAGCCAGUACCAGCACUUCACCUACCUUCCUGCCAACGUUCCAGUUAUAAAAACAGAACCCACGGACGACUACGAGCCUGCCCUGACCUGUGGACCAGUGAGCCAGGGACUGAGUCCACUCCCAAGGCCGUGCUACAGCCAGCAGCUCACCAUGCCACCUGACCCCAGCUCCUGCCUCGUGGCGGGCUUCGCCCCCUGUCCCCAAAGGAGCAGCAUGCUGCCCACGCCUCCCAGUGCAAGCCCAAAGCUCCAUGACCUUUCUUCCGCUGCCUACUCCAAGGGAAUCGCCAGCCCAGGCCACGGCCACCUUGGACUUCAGCCACUGGCUGCAGAGGACCCCACCAUUCAGGAGGUGCCGAGACCCCUGGCCGUGCAGCCCGGCUCGCCCGAGCCGCCCCCUCCCGUCCUGCUGCAGCCGCAGCCCUCAGCCCACCCUCCCACCACGGGCCACCAGCAGCACCAACUACCAAAGGGUCGAAGGAGCGAGGCUCCCGCCGCCAGGCCACGGUCACUGCCAGGGGUGCGUGAGGACAGUGCUCGUAACUUGGCCCCUGUGCCUGUAAUGGUCAAGCGAGAACCUGAAGAAUUGGACCAGUUUUACCUGGACGACGUAAAUGAAAUCAUACGCAAUGACCUCUGCGGCACGGAGCCUCGCUCGUAGGGCUGCAGCCGGAGCGGGCAGAGCUCGGGGCCAGCACGCCCCGCAGCCCAGCUCCAACACAGGCUCUCCACCGACGGACUGGACGCUUGGCUGGUGCCACUCGGACCCCUGCCUUCUGACACAGGCUGAAGCCUGGCGCUGCACGUUCAGAGACGCACUCUCCAGCGGGCCACGCGUCUCCCGUGGGGAAAGCCACCAAGAGCAUUGCGGGUGGCGGGAAGCCAGCCCUGAUCUCAGCGCUGGAAGUGCCUUAUCUAUGCAGACCACCCGUCGGGCGUCAUGGGGUUGAGCGUCGGAUCCGCUACGUGCGCACUUGUAGGAGCAGAAACACUUGCUGUGAGGCUUCAUCCUUCCUGUAAAUCGCGGUCUGGCCAGCCAGGCGGUGUGGGACACCCCGCCCCCACGACGCCCGCGUCCUCCGUCCGUGCUGCCUCAGGACGUGCGACUCCGCUCUGUGACUGACGCAUAGGAUUUUAGUAGGAGCAUGCUGGGGUUUCGAUUUUAGUCUGGCUUUGAACAUAGCACAAAGAAGCCGAAGAUACUGGACAAAACGACGCCCGUCUGCCACAGGCAGGUUGCGUCUGACGCCUGUACACAGACAGCCCUGUGCUUGUGUGUCCCUGGCAGGUGGCAGAUGGGAUGGCUGGCGAGCUGGCAGGGCUUCUGUGUUGGCGAUAACCAGUGUCCAUUUUGGAGAAUGCACCUGAGAGUCCAGACCCACCUUCCAGCACCUUCCGUCGGGUCUGCCACCCUGCACAGGUGGCAUUUUCUCAUCUCAUGUAGUUAGAGCACUUUAGACGGCCAGAGGUGCACACGGACGCCCGCAGGUUAUCGCCUGGCAAAGUCGGAAAGUCACUGUAGAUACCAUUAUGAAAGGAGUGUGAUGUCUUUGUCAGCCGUAGGGUUGUUACUUCACAGAAGACUUACAGUCUCUGCUUCUAAGGAAAGUCACCAAAAGCAGCGUUUUCAAAGCAGCCGCACGCAGGCCAUCUUCAGGUUGGUUGCUGCAGACAGCUCCUGUGGGCCUCAUGGCAGCAUUUCCUACAGCUAGUGGGUGCUGGCAGUGACCUGGCCUCAGACCAGAGCCUGCUGUGGAAGCAGGGCCCCGGCGGUCCUGUGCCUUAGCAACCAUCGCCCCCUUAUGGAACAGGCCUGCAUUGCACCGUGGGGGAGGUCCCGCCAUCGCCCCCUUAUGGAACAGGCCUGCAUUGCACCGUGGGGGAGGUCCCGCCAUCACCCCCUUAUGGAACAGGCCUGCAUUGCACCGUGGGGGAGGUCCCGCCACCGCCCCCUUAUGGAACAGGCCUGCAUUGCACCAUGGGGGAGGUCCCACCAUCGCCCCUUAUGGAACAGGCCUGCAUUGCACCAUGGGGGAGGUCUGGUCACAGUCCUGCCAGGAACUUCCCAGUGUCCAUCUGUAAGGCUUCCUGCCUCUUCCAGUUCACAGAGAAACAGCCCCAAAAGUCAUAUCUGAGUGUGGGGCAGCUACAGCCUGGAGCACAUUGCUCUGCCCACCAUGGCUGCUGCCCGCUGUGUGUAGGCCCUGCAGCUGCAUGCACCGCUUCGUAGUAGGAUGUCAUGUGAUAUUUGUGUCCACCAUCUUUGUAGUUAGAGAAUGGAUCCAAUAAAGCGUUUCUUUGACUGCACAACUCAGUCUGAGA